GCCACAUGAACCUGCUAUAUAAACGGCGCUUAGAUGAUCGCCGGUCAGUGGUAAUAAACUAGCACAGCUAUGAAUAAGCAAAUCGCAGUCGUUACUUUUCUUAUAGCCGUGGCUGCCUUCACUGCAGCAUACGAAUUUAACGAUCCAUUAUUCAACCAGAUUUUGGCAAAUGAACUAGUGGAGCUCGAAUCUUCGGCUUAUCCGCACCACCGGAGUCGAAGAGACGAAGACGCGGUCACUGAAAAGUGCAGACCCUUCAGGAAGAAGAAACUGUGCUGCGCUGAAGAAACCUUCGACGAGCUCCACGACAAAGACCGCGAUUUCAAGAGAGAGUGCUUCAAGCAAGUUGUUGGCAGCAAGGACGGUCCGCGCGAAUUUGAUCCUUUCAGGUGCGACAAAGUGGACAAACACCGCCGGGACAUGACGUGUGUGUCCCAAUGCGUGGGCCAGAAGAAAGAUGUGCUGGAUAAGGAUGGAAAUGUGAAAGAGGCCGAAUUCGGAGAGUUUGUGAAAGAGACCAUGGCGAAGGAAUCCUGGUUUGUGUCGAUCCAGGACAAAGUGGUUUCAACAUGCUUGGCUGAAGCCAGGAAUGCCACAGCCAACCGCGAUACCUCCGAUACUGAAUCUUGUAAUCCGGCCGGCGUUAAACUUAUGCACUGUAUGUUUAGGGAAAUUCAGCUCGGGUGUCCCACCGAACAGAUAAAAGACCAGAAAGCCUGUGCCAGGGCUAGGGACAAGAUCAAGAGACACAACGAGUUCUUGCCGCCUCCGCCCCAGUUCCUUAAUGACGAAUAAGACGCCAAGUUACACUUAGGGUUAGCUGUUUUACUACUUUAUUAUUUUGUCGCAUAAGCAUAUAACUUAAUAAAUAUUUACAAAGAUU